AUGUACGCUCCUGAAAGUAAAUCAUGGAACUGGAAAGAUCUCACUAAUCUCAUAUCCAACAAAUGUAUAAUAUUAGGAGAUUUUAAUGUUGACAUGAAUAAUGAUACGCAAUCAAGUGAAGCACUACUUGAAUGGGCUGACGCUUGUUCCUUAGCACCAUGCAUUCCAGAUGCAGCUACAUCACUAAGAUCUGAUCACACAAUCGACUACGCUCUUUCGAACGGAGUUCCAUUUAGCAUUCAAACGUAUAAAGGAGGUUCCUCAAGUGACCAUAAACCAAUCUUAAGCACACUGUCAUGUGGUAGAGAUGAACAAGCUAGGCGGAAAAAUACACAUUGGAAUGUAAUCUCUUUGUUUCUAUCAUAUGUCUUUAAGUACUGGCAAGAGGUCUGA